AACGCUCAUCUUACCAUGGUUUUUUCCAUGCUCGAUCUUCUCUGCUUCUUCCUUUUCAUGAUUAUCCCAUAUUCCACCAUAGCUCAAACAUCCAGAAACAUAUCUUUAGGCUCAUCCCUCACUGCACGAAAUGAUGAUAACUCAUCGUGGGCAUCACCAUCUGGUGAAUUUGCUUUUGGUUUUCAACAGACUGGAAAAGAUGGGUUCUUACUGGCCAUCUGGUUCAAUAAGAUACCAGAGAGAACUAUUGUCUGGUCAGCCAAUGGGAAUAAUCUUGUGCCACAAGGAUCCCAAGUUGAACUUACAAGUGAUGGCCAGUUUAUGCUCAAUGAUGCAACUGGCAAGAGAAUAUGGUAUGCUGAAUCUGCUGGUACUGGAGUUGCCUAUGCAGCCAUGCUAGACACUGGAAAUUUCGUGCUGGCCAACCAAAAUUCAAGCACGUUGUGGCAGAGUUUUGAUCAACCAACUGAUACAAUCCUGCCAACACAGACUCUAAAUCAAAACAGCAACCUCUAUGCUCGCUACACGGCUACUGUGGGAGCAAAUUUCCUCCCACGAGAAUAUUCUGUUGAAAGAUUCCCCUUUCUUGUUCGCCGCCUCUUUCUCCCUGCAAAAUAAAUUGGAUAAGAAGACCACACCCGGGGGGUGUUGGCCAAAGGCCCUCCGAUGCCUAAGUUAGUUCAAUUGAUUUAGGGAAAAAUCAAUAGCUAAAUAGGGUACGGAGAUAUAUAUGUGUGGUGAAAACCGGGCGGCCGGAGCCUUAUGUAAAAGAGAGAGAGAGAGGAGGUGGCUAGGAUUUGUGAAGGGAAGAGCUCUCUAGAGUUUUAGUAGAAAUUCUGACGUACCUCAUCCUUGUGCGUGGCCAAGUAUUUAUAGGGGGCCUUGGUGUGGUUGGUGAGGUAGGUGAGGUUGGUACAUUUAUGGAUUUGAUUAAUUAGGGAAUUAAUCAAAUCCCUAAUUGUGGUAGGUGAGGUUGGUGGAGUUGGUGUAUUUAGGGA